GACCUGACACCAACAGGCAACAGGCAACAGGACCACCCCCCCGCGGCGGAUGAUGUGAAGGAAACCGGAUUCGCGGCCGGCGAGGAGGGAAGAACCUUGCUAUGUACCUAUCUGCUACCUAUCUGCUAUCUGUGAUGGGCCGGCGAAUGUUGGAGUGAGAUCCCUAUGCGGGGUCAUGGACUCGUGCCAAUCGAUAAUCUACAAGAAGUUGCUCUGGCGGGAGAGAGAGAGAGAGAACAGCAAUUAACUGUCGCAUACGGCCUUACUAGACUACCUAUGACGACCACCAACUUCCCGACCUUUCCUGCUAGUUGUUCCGGCGGGAGGGAGAGAGAGAUCUUCAAAUUGUUCCCGCGGGUAGGUAGAGGGGAGCGUCACUCGUCCAUGAGAACGAGUGAUAACCACCUCGACCUAUCUCGGAAAGGGAAGGGAAGGGAAGCACAAGCCCAUCCGUCCGCCUCCCCCUCCCCCAUCGCAUCCCACAUAUGCCCGCACAUACAUACAUACAUAUGCUCCAUUCGUUCAGCACCAGUCCACAGUCCAGUCCAGCCCUUACGUUGGAAUCCAAUCCAGCUCACCGGUACGGCGGUACAUACAUACGUCCCGCCAUUCCAACCUCCAAGUUCCAACCAACCUACUUUGCCUAGAAGCCGGCGGCGCCCCUUGCUCCGGCGGCCGGGAGUGCUCGCGUGGAGUGGAGUCGGAUGAAUCGAAGGGGGAAGGGUUCCGGAGCGUUUCAUCUGGUCUGGCUGGCGACAUUAAGUCGGCGACGUCGGAUAUGUAUUGUGGAGUACGAACCGAGGAGUUCGUCGUACG